CUACUACGCUUCUGAUUCCUUCUCGGCCAUGAACAAACACUCUGCAUGCAUAUAUUUACCUUGUCUUCACGUUCCUGGAUCUCUUCAUCCGCCAAAGCCAUGGAAUCCACCACCAUGAAUCCAGGAGGAGAUGGCUCAGACGAUCCAAACUCCACUAGGUUGCCUCUUCUUCUGAAUCCAGUCUACGCGCGCACCAAAUCCACAGUGUUCGACGAGCUCCGAAACUUCCGCGUCUGCCUCAAGUGGUGCGCGCUCGACCACUCCACCGCCGCCGGCAGGGCCGUGUCCUACGCCGCCUUCGUCGCCCUCGCCCUCCUCGUCCCCGCCGCCACCUCCCUCUCCGUCCGCGCGCCGCCCGCCGCUUCCUCAUCGGCCUCCUCCGUCUCGUUCCACAAACUCGUCCAGGUCCCCGCUUCCAGCCUCGCCGCCAUCUCCUUCCUCACCCUCGCCGCCUUCUUCCGCCGCUACGGCCUCCGCCAGCUCCUCUUCCUCGACGGGGCCCUCCGCGACGACACCACUUUCGUCCGCCACUGCUACGCCCGCGAGCUCGACCGCUCGUUCCGCCACCUCGUCUAUAUCCUCCUCCCCUCCUUCUCCGUCGAGCUCGCGCACAAGAUCCUCUUCUUCUCCACCGUCUCCGUCGCCGUCCCUCUCUCCACCGCGCCGUCCGGCGUCCCCUGGAACUCCAUCGCCUUCAUCGCCACGCUCGCCUCCUGGGUGUACCGCACCGGGGUGUUCCUGCUCGUCUGCGUCUUGUUCCGCCUCACUUGCGAGCUCCAGAUACUGCGCUUCGAGGGCUUCUACAAGAUGUUCGACGAGGGAGACGGAUCCCAUUGCCAAGCCAUCUUUAGGGAACACAUGAGGAUAAAGAGGCAGCUGCUGGUCACCAGCCACAGGUACAGAAUCUUCAUCCUCGGUUGCUUGGUGACCAUAUCGGCGAGCCAGUUGGGUGCCCUCAUGAUUGUUUUGGCCUCCAAAUCUAAGAAGACCUUCUGCAACUCGGGCGACGUCGUGGUGUGCUCGGCGGUGCAGCUGAGUGGCUUCUUCAUGUGCCUGUUGGGAGCUGCAAGGAUCACUCACCGAGCUCAGCGGGUCGUCUCCAUCGCCAGCCGAUGGCACAUGAUCCUGUCCUCAGCCGCAGACCGCAAGGCCGAUCCGCCGACGCCAGCCGUCGCCGAAUCCGAUGACAUCUCCGAUUCCGGCUCGCCUGAAGGAUCCGUGGGGGGCGCGGUACCGCACGCGCAGGCUUCCACCUUCGAAGGCCGACAUGCCUUGGUGCUGUACCUGCAACACAACGGUGGCGGCAUCACGCUCUUCGGAUUUGCGCUGGACCGGGGAUUGCUUCACACGCUCUUUGUGUUCGAGACCACUAUGGUGCUGUGGAUACUGAGCAAAGUCGUCGUUCUCUCAUGAUCUCUUCUUCCACGGAGAAGACACACUAGUACGACACUCUUAUCACAAACAUGGAGUGGCCAUAUAUUACUUCUGCGCCCGCUUUUCGCUCAUGUCAUAUCUAUUACUUCGUGGAAAGAUUCCGCUAUAUUAAACUUAUAAUUUGGUAAAAUAGGAAAUAGUAUUGUACUUAUCAAAGUCUU